AUGCUUGGACACGAGUUUGCUCACUCGACGCAGCCGAUCAAGCGUCCGCGCACGAUUCAGUUCGGCGUGCUCUCGCCUGAAGAAAUCAAGGCUAUCUCGGUGUGCAAGGUUGAGUACCCGGAGACGUUCGAGGAGGGCAAUGCGAAGCCGAAAAUGGGCGGACUAAGUGACCCGCGGCUGGGGACGAUCGACCGCAACUUCAAGUGCGCGACUUGCGGCGAGGGAAUGGCUGAGUGCCCGGGUCACUUUGGACACAUCGAGCUCAGUCGCGCGGUGUAUCACGUUGGCUUCAUCAACAAGGUCAAGAAGAUCACCGAGUGCAUCUGCGUGCAGUGCGGCAAGCUCAAGGUCUCGCCCGCCGAGGACCCUCGACUCGCCGAUGCCGUCCGCUUCGUCCGCGACCCGAAGAAGCGACUCGCCGUCGUCCACGCGCUCGUCAAGGGCAAGAACUCUUGCGACAUGACGAUCAUGGACGAGGAGACGCAGGCGAAGAUUGCUGCUGGCGAGCCUGUCCCGCCUGGGCACGGAGGAUGCGGGCAUGAGCAGCCGCAGAUUCGCAAGGAGGGGUUGAAGCUCUUCCUGCAGUACGGCAAGGGCAAGGACGAGGAUGGCAACGCGCAAGCGCCCGACCGCCGACCGUUUACGGCGACGCAGGCGCACACGCUCUUCCGCAAGAUCUCGGACGAGGACCUGCAUACCAUGGGUCUUUCGGCGACCGAGGCGCAUCCCGCCUGGAUGAUCCUCACCGUAUUGCCCGUCCCGCCUCCGCCUGUCCGCCCUUCGAUCGCUGUCGACGGAGGUGCGAUGCGAGGAGAGGACGACUUGACGUACAAGCUCGCCGAGAUCAUUCGGACGAACUCGUCGUUGCGGAAGUUCGAGGAGGAGGGCGCGCCCGCGCACGUCAUCAACGAGUUCGAGACGCUGCUCCAGUGGCACAUCGCGACCUACAUGGACAACGACUUGCCCGGCCAGCCUCAAGCUCUGCAAAAGUCCGGCCGACCGGUCAAGUCUAUUCGUGCGCGUCUCAAGGGCAAGGAGGGUCGUCUGCGUGGCAACCUGAUGGGCAAGCGUGUCGACUUCUCGGCUCGUACCGUCAUCACGGGCGACCCCAACCUCGCGCUCGACGAGGUCGGCGUGCCGUACUCGAUUGCACGGACGUUGACGUACCCUGAGCGCGUGACGCCGUACAACAUCCAGGACUUGCAGACGCUGGUGAGGAACGGGCCGAACGAGUAUCCCGGUGCUCGCUACGUCGUUCGCGACACGGGCGACCGAAUCGACUUGCGGUACAACAAGCGCGCCGACACGUUCCUCCAGUACGGCUGGAUCGUCGAGCGACACCUCAAGGACGGCGACAUCGUCCUCUUCAACCGGCAGCCGUCGUUGCACAAGAUGUCGAUGAUGGCUCACCGCGUCAAGCUCAUGCCGUACUCGACCUUCCGCCUCAACCUCUCCGUCACCUCGCCCUACAACGCCGAUUUCGAUGGCGACGAGAUGAACUUGCACGUCCCGCAGUCGGAAGAGACUCGGUCGGAGUUGAUCAACAUCGCCGCCGUCGCGCGAAACAUCAUCUCGCCGCAGGCCAACAAGCCGGUCAUGGGUAUCGUGCAGGACACGCUGUGCGGUAUCCGCAAGUUCACCCUCCGCGGCUGCUUCAUGGACCUCGAGUUCAUCCAGAACAUCCUCCUCUGGGUGCCCGAGUGGGACGGCGUCAUCCCUCCUCCCGCCAUCCUCAAGCCGAAGCCGCUCUGGACCGGCAAGCAGAUCCUCUCGAUGUGCAUUCCCGCCGGCAUCAACCUGUACCGCGCCUCGGGCUCCGGCACAACGAACCCACCCGAAGACGACGGCAUGUUCAUCGAGGACGGCCAGGUGAUGUUCGGCACGGUCGACAAGAAGACGGUCGGCACGUCGCAGGGUGGCUUGAUCCACGUCAUCUACCGCGAGAAGGGCCACGAGGUCUGCCGCGACUGGUUCUCGGGCGUCCAGAAGGUCGUCAACUUCUGGCUCCUCCACAACGGCUUCUCGAUCGGUAUCGGCGACACCGUCCCCGACAAAGGAACGAUGGAGGCCAUCACCGGCUUCAUCGACACGGCCAAGCGCGAGGUCAGCAACAUCAUCCAGCAGGCGCAGAACGACCAGCUUGAGCCCGAGCCCGGUAUGACCGUCCGCGAGUCGUUCGAGUCCAAGGUCACGCGCGCGCUCAACCAGGCCCGUGACUCGUCCGGACGGAGCGCCGAGCGCUCGCUCAAGGCCGACAACAACGUCAAGCAGAUGGUCGUCGCCGGCUCGAAGGGCUCGUUCAUCAACAUCUCGCAGAUGUCGGCGUGUGUCGGCCAGCAGAUCGUCGAGGGCAAGCGGUGUCCGUUCGGCUUCAAGUACCGCACCCUGCCGCACUUUGCCAAGGACGACUAUUCGCCCGAGGCGCGCGGCUUUGUCGAAAACUCGUACUUGCGAGGUCUCACGCCCCAAGAGUUCUUCUUCCACGCCAUGGCCGGACGCGAAGGAUUGAUCGACACGGCCGUCAAGACCGCCGAGACCGGAUACAUCCAGCGUCGUCUCGUCAAGGCGCUCGAGGACGUCAUGGUCGCGUACGACGGCACGGUCCGCAACUCGCUUGGCGACGUUGUCCAGUUCUGCUACGGCGAGGACGGCAUGGACGGAGCCUUCAUCGAGGAGCAGGUCGUCGAGCCGAUCCGGUUGUCGGACGCGCGCUUCGAGAAGCGGUACAGGGUCGACAUCACCGACCCGACCUGGCACUUCAAGCCGGGUACGCUUCACGUCGACCUCGCUCCGCCCGAGAACACCGACCUUCAGACUGUCCUCGACUACGAGUACGAGCAGCUCAAGCGGGAUCGGGCGACGCUGCGCGAGGUCUUCCCGAAGGGCGACCCGACCGUCUCGCUCCCCGUCAACCUCCGUCGUGUCAUUCAGAACGCGCAGCAGAUCUUCCACAUCGACUUCCGCAACGCCAGCGACAUCCCGCCUGCCGACAUCGUCGAGACGGUUCGCGACCUCUGCGACCGUCUCGUCGUCAUCCGCGGCAAGGACGACCUGUCGGCCGAGGCGCAGAACAACGCGACCCUCCUCUUCCGCAUCUUCCUCCGGUCGGUCCUCGCCGUGCGGCGAGUCAUCGAGGAGUACCACCUCAACCGCGAGGCGUUCGAGUGGGUUGUCGGCGAGGUCGAGUCCAAGUUCAACGCCUCGCUCGUCGCGCCGGGCGAGAUGUGCGGCACGCUCGCGGCGCAGUCGAUUGGUGAGCCGGCGACGCAGAUGACGCUCAACACGUUCCACUACGCCGGUGUGUCGUCAAAGAACGUCACGCUCGGUGUACCGCGUCUCAAGGAGAUCAUCAACGUCGCCGUCAACCUCAAGACGCCGUCGACGACCGUCUACCUCGACCCGGACUAUGCCAAGGACAUCCAGCUCGCGAAGGAGGUCCAGACUCGCCUCUCGUACACCACCCUCCAGACCGUCACCGCGUCGACCGAGAUCUUCUACGACCCAGACCCGACAGCGACCGUCAUCGAGGAUGACCGCGAGUUUGUCGAGGCGUUCUUUGCCAUUCCCGACGAGGACGUCGAGGCGAACCUCCACCGUCAGUCGCCCUGGCUGCUCAGGUUCGAGCUCGACCGCGCAAAGAUGCUCGACAAGAAGCUCGAGAUGCACUAUGUUGCGGGCAAGAUCGCCGAGACGUUCGAGCAGGAUCUCUUCGUCAUCUGGUCGGAGGACAACGCCGAGAAGCUCGUCAUCCGUUGCCGUGCGCUCAAGUCGGCGGACGCGGACAAGGAGGGCGGCGACGAAGACGAGGACGACGAGGACGUCUUCCUGAAGCAGCUCGAGUCGCAGAUGCUUGGCUCGAUCGCGCUCUCAGGCGUCGAAGGCAUCGACCGCGUGUUCAUGAUGGAGCAGAAGCGGCCGCAGCUGAAUGCGGCAGGCGAGUUCCACACGCCGAACGAGUGGGUCCUCGAGACGGACGGCAUCAACCUGCGCAAGGUCCUCUGCACCGAAGGCGUCGACGCCAGGAGGACCAUCUCGAACUCGUGCGUCGAGAUGCUCGAAGUGCUCGGCAUCGAAGCGGCGCGCGCGUCGGUCCUCCGCGAGUUGCGCAACGUCAUCGAGUUCGACGGCUCCAAGGUCAACUACCGCCACUUGUCGAUGCUCACCGACAUCAUGACGAACCGAGGCUCGCUCAUGGCCAUCACCCGCCACGGCAUCAACCGUGCUGACACGGGUGCGCUCAUGCGCUGCUCAUUCGAGGAGACGGUGGAGAUCCUGAUGGAGGCAGCGGCGGCGGGAGAGACGGACUACUGCACGGGUGUCGCCGAGGCAGUCUUGCUCGGCCAGCAGCCGCCGAUGGGCACGGGCGCCUUCGAGCUCUCGCUCGAUUUGAACAAGCUCCAGGAGGUCAUUCCCGACCACCGCUUGCCGCCGCCGCCGAACAUGCAGAUCGACGCGGUCAUGGACGGUGGCCGGACGCCCGGGGGAGGAGCGACGCCGUACGCCGACUUGUCGGAGGGCAAGACGCCCGCCUACUAUGGCCAGCAGGAGCAGCUCGGCAUGGCCAUGUUCUCGCCGAUCAUCCAGCCCGGACAGGACGGCAUGUACGACCAGGGAGGCUUCGGUGGAGCAUCGCCCUUCGGCGGCGCCUCUCCCUUCGGCGGAGCAUCGCCGUUCGCGGGUGGCCAGUCGCCCUUCUCGGGCGGGCAGUCGCCGUUCGGCGCGGCGGGAUACUCUCCAACCUCUCCCUUCGGUGGCGCGUCGCCUUACAACCCGCGGUCGCCAGGACCGUCGGGCGGCGCCUCGCCCUGGGUCAACCGGUCAGGCGGCGGCGGCUACUCGCCGACGAGUCCGCUCAUCGGCCAGUCACCCGCCUCUCCUCGCUUCUCCCCCGCCUCGCCCAACUACUCGCCAACCAGCCCCGCCUUCUCUCCCGCCUCUCCUCGCUUCUCGCCUGCCUCUCCCGCUUUCUCCCCAGCCAGCCCGCGCUUCUCACCCGCGAGCCCGGCGUUCUCACCCACCUCCCCCGCCUACUCUCCGACCAGCCCAAAGUUCUCCCCAACCUCUCCAGCCUAUUCGCCCACGAGUCCCAAAUUCUCGCCUACCUCUCCCGCGUACUCUCCAACGAGUCCCAAGUUCUCGCCCACUUCUCCCGCCUACUCGCCUACCUCUCCCGCCUUUUCUCCCGCUUCGCCAUCGUACUCACCUCGCAGUCCUGGCAGCGGCGGAGGAACAGGCGCGGACGGCGCGAAUGGCUCGCAGCAGCAGCAGAGGCAGAACGCGCCUUACUCGUCGUCGGCGUCGUGGAAUCGUUGA